AUGCUUGCAAUUCAGCGCAUUAACCAAGUCUCUGAGCAUUUUCCGACUCGCGCUUUGUGGAACACAACCGGCGUCAUGUUCUUUAAUGGUAGGCCGGAUCGUGAACGUCAAGCUUGGGUCCGAAAAAGGGCGGAAAGAAUGCCUAAAGGUCUCGAAGGGCCGCUUGGGUUCGGCGGAGUACCGUCAGCCAGCACUCCAGACUGGGGAGCCAGCAUGAUGAUCUCACCAUCAACUUGCCUCCCAAUCGAAGGUUUUGCAAUCGCCAGGGGCGGUGGUGGUAUGUCGCACUCACCCGUGGCUGUGAUAACACAGACACAGGACAGUCCGCGAACUGGUUGGCAGGACAGAAUGCAGGCUAAGCAUGAUCAAAUGGCAGCCGAGCAAGAGCAAAUGAGGGCGAAGCGAGAGCGGGUUAUGGCAAAGCAAGCUAGACGGGCAGCGCUAAGUAGGGGAGGAUCUUUCGGACCAUGGAUGGGUCUACCGCCUGAAGCCAGUGCCAUUAUGGGCGGGGCUUUCGGACCUAGCAUGAGUAUGAGUGGCCCUCACGGCGGGUUCAUGGCAAGUCCAGGUACUGGUGGACUUGGAGGCAUCCUAGGGAUACCAGGAAUGAUACCCGGCGGCGGAGUCUUCGGUGGUGCCGGAGCUGGCCUAGGCGCACCAAUGGAUAGAGGGUUGCCGCAGGGAAUGCCAAACAUGGGCGGUGGCGGCGUGGGCGGAGACGCGUUACCAGGUCUAAGAGGCAAGGACCUUAGGAGUGGCGCUAUGCCGAAUCUGCCCGGCCUUGCGGGUCCUGGAGCUGUCAAGGAUGAAAACGGCGGUGAAAGCGACUGGAUGCGUAUAAGAACCGGCCAUUUGGAAGAUUGUGCUGGAGCCGGAGUGUUUGUCGGCUCCGGUGGUUGA